CUAAAUAACACGUCGGAAGUUUGCAAAGUGUCGCGGUAUAAAAGGAGGUGCAAGACUGUGAAAGUCACAGACAGUCACGAUGAAGUUUCUGGUCUUGGCUUUGUUCGUUGCCGGAGCCUACGCCUGUGGCCGGCCCACCUACCCCCCCAUCAUMAGCAGGGUCGUUGGUGGAGAUGAUGUCCGUCAGCACAGCUGGCCCUGGCAGGUGUCUCUGCAGUACCAGAGUGGUAGCUCUUUCUACCACACUUGUGGUGGAACUCUGAUCUCUGACCAGUGGGUUGUCACUGCUGCUCACUGCAUCGGAAGCCGCACCUACAGAGUCUAUCUGGGAAAACACAACCUGAACAUUAACAGCGAGUCUGGUUCCAUCGCCAUCAGCCCCGGCAAAAUCAUUGUCCACCCCAAAUGGGACUCCUACAGAAUCCUCAAUGACAUUGCCCUGAUCAAGCUGGCAACUCCUGUCAAACUGUCGGACAGCAUCAAGCCUGCCUGUCUUCCCACCGCUGGAGAAGUCCUGCCUCACAAUGCUCCCUGCUACGUCACUGGCUGGGGACGCCUCUGGACUGGAGGACCUCUCGCUGAUGUCCUGCAGCAGGCCCUCCUCCCCGUCGUUGACUACGCCACUUGCAGCAGGAGUGACUGGUGGGGUAAUCUGGUCACCACCAACAUGAUCUGCGCUGGAGGAGAUGGAAAUCUGGCUAGCUGCAAUGGAGACUCCGGCGGUCCCCUGAACUGUCAGAACCCUGACGGCUCCUGGGAUGUCCACGGAGUGGUGAGCUUUGGCUCCAGCAUGGGCUGCAACUAUCCCAAGAAACCCUCUGUCUUCACYAGAGUUAGCGCCUACUCCAGCUGGAUGAACGAUGUGAUGACCUCCAACUAAGGUGGAUUACAUGUCGGACACAAAGGAUUAUUUCUGCAAACAAUGAUAAAAUAAUAAUAAAAAAUUGAAAUAA